AAAGAUCUUGACACUUUUGACAUGCGUAGUAGCAAACAAACAAAUGAAAAAGGAAGAAGGUUUGUUCAUUGAUGAUGAAAGAAAGUUACUUCAGGCUUAUUUUAAUUACAACAGCAUCACUUUAUCAUGUAUGUUCGGGAAUCAAAAAUCCCUUGAAAGAAGGUUACGGUCCUGACCAAAGUUGCGGUGAAUUUCCAGCUGUCUUAGAUGGACAGAUAGAAUACAGAGAUAUCUAUGCAUUUGUAAAAUGCAACAAGGGCUAUGAAUUGAAGGGGGAUGAGACUUUCAAAUGUGACCAACACUCAGGUUCAAAAUGGAGCCCAGGAACAAGACCAACGUGUCUGCAAAAGGAUGAAUGUCCUAUCCCUCCAUUAAAUCAUGCAGAUAUCAUGAGAAGAGAAGACCGUAAAGAAGCAGUCCUUUACUGUAGAGAUGGAUACGUUUUAAAGUCGUUGGCAGAGCCAUUCGGAAGGUCAUUUGAAGUAUAUUGUUACAAAGAUGUGUGGUACCUCACUCCAGGAGUGCCAGUUAGAGACUGCGUAAAACGCACUGCAUUUUUAGAUGACAAAUGUGAACAGCCACCAAAAGUACCCCAUGCUAAAUGGAUAUACGAACCAGAUGAACAAGAAGAGCCUCCCUUUGAGAGGUUUUCUUUUGCUGAGGGUGACAAAAUCCAGUAUUAUUGUGAAACAGGGUAUAAGUUGAUAGGGGAACCCACAGUUGUGUGCCAAGAAAAGGGGAGAUGGUCUGAUCUACCAAUUUGUUUACAGACAGGUACUUCUGAACCUUGCCAAGUUCCAAUAAUUCCUAAUGGAGAGUGUUCCUGUUGGACAACCAAGUCUAGCUCCUGUACCCAUGUGUAUCACUUGGGGAGAGUGGCGUGUACCUGUGACUCUGGGUAUCAGUCCCUGGGUCAGGAGGUCCUCACUUGUAACAAUGGCAAAUGGGACCGCUACACUCCAUCUUGUAUUUCUCUAACUCCAACAGAAGUAUCAGUGGAAGACACAACGCAGGACAACAGUCAUAUGAAUACAUUGGCUGUUGUCAUUGCUACUGCUUGCAGUGUGUUGGGACUACUUUUAAUGGUGAUGGUAAUUGUCAUUCUUCGUCGCAAGAAGCCAUCCCACCAUCAUCACCAGCGCUUUUACGAUCAGGGUACCAUGCCCCCACCAUACGGACGGGUAUACCCCAUUGAUGAACACGACAGAGUAGCUUUAAUAGGGUACGAGUCUGCUAGGCUACCGACCUACGAGGAAGCAACCAAUGACACUGCCUCCCAACAGGUAGCCAGCCCAAGGUCAGCUCAGGAAUUUAGGCCUUUACCAAAUAUUCCAUUCCAGCUUCGAAGUCCAGCUCUUCCAAGCAUUGAUAGUACCAGCAGACAUUCCGUGAUAACCACCACCACAGGGAACGCCGAGGUGUUCGGUUCAAUAGAUACAGUCAAUUUUAGCAUGAGCGACGCCUCCACUGCUGGAACAGUGGACACCAUGGAUAGUCGAACCAGUCGCCCCUCCCACGGAUCUCGCACCGCUACCGCAGGCAGUCUGGAGUCCUCUAGAGAGAAUUUGUCUUCAGAGGAUGCACCAUUACUGGAAAAUAAUACUUUACAAUUGAACACAGAGACUCAAGAUGAAGUUAUAGAAGAAGAAAACAAGGAAUCUUAGAUAUUUCAUCAUGAAUCUAUAGAUUUUGUUGGAAGACAUUGGACUAUCUAUUUAUAGUAGUUGGAUCUGAGAAUGUGCAUUCUAUAUGAUAUU